UGGUGGGUCUUAUUUAAGGCCGUGUUGUCCCACUCUCCAGAGUGUUCAGCAACGCACAGCCAUCGGUGACGAUCAGAUGACAACGCCUCAGAGGGGGAUUCCGAAUUAAAUACCCAGACGACAUCUGGCAGUCGGCAGUUGUAUACAGUUUGUUGUAUCGCCAUAUAGUUCUGCGACAAAUCUCUAAUUUUUCAUCACCUGGGCGUUGUUGGUAAUAUUUAACAGAAAUGGAGAGCUUCAACAAGCUGGCUUGCCUGCUGAUACUAUUUUACAUGUUGCCCAGCUGCAAAUGUGCAACUAUCGCUCAGUCAGAAGACGAUAGAGAUUUUAGAACUGAGUAUACAAGACAGAGAGAAGAACUGUUAAAUCAAAGCAACUACGACCCUAAAGUCAGGCCAUCUAGAUCAACAAACGUGACCAUUCAAUUGCAUUUACAUUCUCUAAAUGAGCUGGACAUUGGCUCACAGACCUUAUCUACUACAAUAUAUUUCCAUAUUACAUGGUACGACGGGAGGCUGACUUGGGUUCCCCCAAUUACCGAGAUUGAGUGCAUCGCAUUUACCAUACAUGAGGUUUGGACACCUUACCUGUCUGUCAGGAACAAUAAAUAUGAGAAGGGACUACUUGGAAUCUAUGAAGAUGGGCCUAUUCCACUACGAGUAUGUAACAACGGGACAGUUGAAUGGAUUUUUCGAGUAACACCAAUUACCACAUGUCAAGCUGACAUAACACAUUAUCCGUAUGACACACAAGUGUGUCCCCUGGAGGUUGGAGAAUGGAAUCAUCCUCUUGAUGAAGUGGAUCUUGUCCCACUCGAAUUCGUAACCGAUUCCUUCACCACAGAUGAGGAGUGGGAUCUCAUUCCUCCCGUGUCCUUAUCUCGUAAGACAAUACAUGGUAUAGGUGGUUUGACUUUCAGACGUAUUGAAUACUAUUUGGAAUUUAAGCGUAAUCCUAAUUGGUACAUCCCACUGCUGAUCAUUCCCGUGGGUGUACUGUUUAUUUUGCUGCCGUGUGUGUUUUGUCUGCCUAGUUUGGAAAAACAACUGAAUUAUUUGCUGACAAUCUUGCUCUCCUUCACGGUGUACUUCACGUUUGUCUCAAGCAGAGUACCGUCAGUGUCCAGCAGUACCUGUAACUUCAGUGUGUUUCUCGCUGGUGUUAUGGUACUUGGAGGUGUAUUUACUCUUUUGACACUGGUCAGGAUUCGCCACGAGACGAAAAUCAGAGAUCGCUGCCCAGAGAGGCAAAUGAGCAACACGGAAAACACUCCGCUACAUCUAGUGAAUCAUGGUUACCAGGGAGACGGAGAGCGAUCAUAAUAAGAUGUAAUGACACUGUUAAAAUUACCUGCCCCGUAUUCUCACGUAUCCUUUGGUAACAUUAUCAUUACUGUCAAUCACGAGGGUGCAUCCAAAUGCUAAACGUUAACAUCAAAUAAGAAAGAGUUCUCUAUAGCUCAAAGCUGAGUGGAAAUUAAUAAUAGUAUUCAAUGGCUAGCAUGACAAUAAAAGUUCGUUUCUAUAUUUGAUAACAUUUCUACUAACAUCAUCAACUUCGCACCUUUACACAUACUUUUGGAUAGGAAACUUCCUUCAAUUUGAAGGGCUUC